AUGCAGUUCUUCCCAUUUAUCCUUACUACUAUACUUGCUGCCGCUGCUGCCGCUGCUCCCCCAAAUAAUGAUACAUCAUCGAAUGGUGCGAUAAGUUGUGCGCAGUACAAAGACCAAAUGAGUUACCUUGAGAACCAACGACUUGCGGAUCGACGUCAACUUUAUGCAACUAAAGAUAUGAGAUAUCAAAAGGCGGUUGAUGAAGACAAUCGGAAAAUUGCGGUUCUCGCGCAGAAGCAGAGCUGA